UAGAGGCUGUGGCAGGAAAAGAAAACCUUGGCUUCCUUAGCUGGUCACUCGGCAUCUUUCUGCUUGAGGCUCCAGACUAGGCAGAGAGAUUGAGCGAGAAGACCGAAGAAGCGGAGGAAGAUGGGGGGGCUCUGGAUGGUGGCGCUGCUGCUGCUGCUGCUGCUGCUGGGUCCUCGGCCAGGUUCUUCUGCACAAGAUCUGCCAAAGAAGUUGAUCGCAGCUGUGGGAGAAUCCGUGACUUUCCCUCUGGAGAUUCCACCGUCAUUUCGGGAAAUUCUCUGGAACAAAAAUAAAGUCAACAUUGUAACUGUGGAACCAGGGUCACCGUGUCAGCUUUUGACAUUUGGAGACUAUCGAAGGCGGCAAGUGAAUGUGUCCAAGGACUGCGGCUCCUUAACAGUCACGGAGCUGCGCAAAGAAGACUCUGCGGAAUACACAGCCCAGAUACUGGUCCCUGGUCAACAGUCUCCACUCCGGAGAUUUCACCUGCAGGUGUACAAGCGUCUCUCAGAGAAGGACCUGGAUGCUGCCUGUGCAAAGGUAGUUCCUGGCAGUGGGAAUGAAACUUGGCAGCUGAACUGCUCUGCAGGGACCUGGGAAGAGGGUGUGGAAUUCAACUGGACAUCGGCCAUCCAGAGCUCCUCCGGGAGGCUUCUUGUCAUUCAACGCAACCUGCAAGAGAAGGACCUGAACGCCACCUGCACAGCAAAGAACCCCAUAGGCAACACCUCCAGGACAUUCUCCCUCAGGAAUACUUGUGUUGCUCCUGGGUACCCAACGACAAGACCUACAACAAGGACCACUGAGGAAUCUGGUGUGAUGGGUCUGUCUUCAUAUGUGCCCCUUGGAGUCACCAUUUCCCUGUUGCUGCUUGCCAAAGUGGCCAUCAGCGCCUGUGUGUUUGUCAAGUGGUCAUCUUGCACCAAGCAGGAGCCAUUGGAGACCGUCAUGAGGAGGGGAACAAGAGAGUCAGAGGCACGUGGCACUGAGGAGGAUCGAAGCACGAGGAGGAGAGCCCCCUCGAUGGCAACCCCCCCUUCCCGGUGACUGUACCCCAACUUUGUCCCAGCCAAGAGUCUCACAACCGCAAAAACUCCUUAGAAAUGCUGGUCUCCUUGCUGGCGACUGAAAUGUUUCUUUUGCUGUUCAUUUUGGAUUUAUUUUCCUUCUUCAUCAUCAGGACUUUUCAUCUGAAUAUCUGAUUUGGAUGACUUCUCCUUCCCAAGUUUUGAAUCUGCUCUAAAGACUCAAGGGUGUGGGGAUAUGUGAUGCGAUUUCUUUUUUGAAAAACCGCUACCGUACUUCAAAGGCUUCUGUAAUGUGUUUUGCCACCACUGGAGUUAAUUAAAUACGGUAUGUUUGUUCCAGUUCCAGUGUAUUUCAUACUUGUCUUUUAUGG